AUGCCAGUCUCUCCAGGGGAACAGACUACCGGGGAGCAGUCAUGCCUCUGGUGGAGUUCCAGGUGCGCCUUGGAGGCCAGCGGCCCCAGCUGGGGGCCCUCUGCAGUGGGCAAAGGAGGUGGCGAUGGGCUCCGGCUCACCAUCGCAGUGCUCCAGAGGACUAACUUUGAGUCCAGUGGCACCUUUAAGACCAACGAAGUUUUCCGUGAGUCUAUGAAAUCUUCAAGGGGGGCUUCCGGAGUGCAGGCCGCCCCUCUCCCCGAUGCCGGCUUCCCCAAAGAGGCCCAGCUGCAGACAGCCACGAUUUCCCUGUGGACGGUGGUGGGGGCUGUCCAGGCCAUGGAGAGGACGGUGGAGGCGCACGCCCUGCGGCUGAUGAGCCUGGAGCAGAGGUCGGGGACGGCCGAGAAGAGGUUUGCGGCCUGCGAGAAGGCCCUGGCGGAGCUGGGGAGUCGGCUGGAGAGUCGGUGGGCGGUGCUGGGGACCCUCCUGCAAGAAUACGGGCAGCUCCAGAGGAGGCUGGAGAACAUGGAGAACCUGCUGAAGAACUGGAACUUCUGGGUCCUGAGGGUGCCUGUCAGCUCCUCCGGGGAGGCGUCCAAGGGCUCGGCUGCCUUGGAGGAAAUCUCAAGCCAUUUUUCUCACGAGAAAUGGGAAAACCUGCAGGACUGGCAGAAGGAGAUGUACAAAAAUGUGGUCAAGGGAAACUGCGAGUCUCUGAUCUCCCUCGAUUUUGCCGUUUCUAAACUGGAAAGUUUGACCUGUACGGAAGAAAGAGUGCCACCUUGUGGUCUCGCCCUGGCAGACUCAAGAGGAGCCCAAGAGCCCCCCGCUGAUACCGGAACAGGACCACCUGCUGCCAGAACAGAGGUGCUCUCUUGGAUUAAACAAGAGGACGACGCGUGUGGAAGGGAGCAGAUGGGGAAAGUGCACGGCAGCGGAGGCACCUGCAACUACUACACUGUUUCUAAACUGGACAGUUUGCCAAGCGACAGGGACGAGGGCCCAGCCUGCAUUCCUUUCCAGGCGGACAUGGAACCAGAAGCCGACACCAUCUCUGUCGUACAGAAUCCAGCCGACGACAGGGGCCUGCUUCCUAUUGAGGACCCCCAACCAGAAGACCCCGCCAACCCGCCCCUGCUGCUCUUCUUCCCGGGCGGAUCGGUGGCCCCCAUCUGCAACGGCAACAUCGGCGAGAGCCAGCCCCUCUCCAGCCUCCACGGCUCCUGCGUUGGGGGCAGAGCCGGCGGGAACGACCCCAGCUCUCCCGCGGCGACCGCCGAGGCGGCGAUGGACCGGCCCCACACCUGCCCGGAGUGCGGGAAGACGUUCAGCCUCCUCCUGAGCCUGCAGAUCCACCAGAUGAACCACCAGAAGAAGAAGCGCUACGAGUGCGCCUACUGCGGCUUCGCCUUCGGCUGCCCCUCGGAGCUCCUCCGCCACGAGAUGACCCACACCAAGGAGAGGCCCUACAAGUGCACCGUCUGCGGGAAGGGCUUUGUGCGCAAGCAGCACCUCAUCCCCCACCUGCGGCUCCACACGGGCGAGAGGCCCUACCACUGCACCGAGUGCGGGAAAGACUUCAUCUGCAAGCACCACCUCCUGGAGCACCAGCGCACCCACACGGGGGAGAGGCCCUACGCCUGCGCCGAGUGCGGGAAGACCUUCCGGCGCAAGAAGUCGCUGAAGGACCACUUGCACAUACACGGCCCUGGGCAGGGCCCGACGGACUCGGCCCAGGGGCACCCGGACGAGCCCCAGAACGUCACGGACCUCAGAGCAGAAAGCGCCAGGUAGCAAAGAGCGGGGUCCUGCUCCCGUGUUCCCCAAAGAAGGCCACGCUCCCGUGGCCAGUCGUUGCUCCAAACUCAGAACUGGCUGGGGGAAAAGGUGGCCGGGGGUACAGCCAAAAUAAGGCGGAGCUCGCUGGGCCUCAUUUCUCCUGCUCCUCCGGGGCCCCAGGGAGGGGUUAUGCCCGGCAGCCAGGGCUCUUUUUGUAGAAAAAGCCCAGCAGGAACUCAUUAGCAUAA